GAGCUGAUCACGUGCUGUGGGAGAGGAAGUAACGUCAUUCAGGAGACCAGAAGCCUGGCUGUGGCGCCGCUCUGAAGGUGUUCCAUCAACAUGUCUCAUCUACCGAUGAAACUCCUGCGCAAGAAAAUCGAGAAGCGGAACCUCAAAUUGCGGCAGCGAAACCUAAAGCUACAGGGGGUCAGGAAUGUGAGCCUAUCAGAAACUGAAAAUGGAGAUAUGUCUGAAGAAACAGUAGGAAGUGGAAAAGUUAAAAAAUCCUUAAAACAGUCUAUGAAGGUAGGUUUAUCAGCAGCCCAAAAUGGAGAUACAUCUGAAGAAACAAUAAGAAGUGGAAAAGUUAAAAAAUCUGUAAAGCAGUCUAUGAAUAAGGGUUUGUCAGAAGCCCAAAAUGGAGAUACAUCUAAAGAAAAAGUGGAAAAUGUAAAAGUUAAAAUAUCCCCCAAGAAAUCUACCAUAUUAACCAAUGGGGAAGCAGCAGUGCAGUCUCCCAAUUCAGAAUCAAAGAAGAAGAAGAAGAAGAAGAAGAAGAGAAAAAUGGUGGAUGAUCAUGAGCCUGAUACCAAAAAAGCAAAAACUGAAGACAAAGUGGAAUUGGAAGAAGGUACCCAGGCUCCAGAAGAAACAGAAACCAGUGUGGAGAAGCCAGACGAUGGAAAAGAGGACUGUAAAGUGCCUGGCCUGCCCCUGGGACUGACAGGAGCUUUUGAGGAUACUUCAUUUGCUUCCCUAUCUAAUCUUGUCAAUGAGAACACACUGAAGGCAAUAAAAGAAAUGGGCUUUACAAACAUGACUGAAAUUCAGCAUAAAAGUAUCAGACCACUUCUGGAAGGCAGGGAUCUUCUCGCAGCUGCAAAAACAGGCAGCGGCAAAACCCUGGCCUUUCUCAUCCCCGCAGUGGAACUCAUUGUUAAGUUAAAGUUUAUGCCCAGGAAUGGAACAGGAGUUCUUAUUCUCUCACCUACAAGGGAACUGGCCAUGCAGACUUUUGGUGUUCUUAAAGAGCUAAUGACACACCAUGUUCACACAUAUGGAUUAAUAAUGGGUGGCAGUAACAGAUCUGCUGAAGCACAGAAACUCGCUAAUGGGAUCAACAUCAUUGUAGCUACACCAGGCCGUCUCCUGGACCAUAUGCAGAAUACCCCAGGGUUUAUGUAUAAAAACCUACAGUGUCUGGUUAUUGAUGAGGCUGAUCGUAUCUUGGACGUUGGGUUUGAAGAGGAAUUAAAGCAAAUUAUUAAACUUCUGCCAACACGCAGACAGACCAUGCUAUUUUCUGCCACACAAACUCGAAAAGUUGAAGACCUAGCGAGGAUUUCUCUGAAAAAGGAGCCAUUGUAUGUUGGUGUUGAUGAUGAUAAAGCUAAUGCAACAGUGGAUGGUCUUGAGCAGGGAUAUGUUGUUUGUCCUUCUGAAAAGAGAUUCCUCCUGCUCUUUACAUUCCUUAAGAAAAACCGGAAGAAGAAACUAAUGGUCUUCUUUUCAUCUUGUAUGUCCGUGAAAUACCACUACGAGUUACUGAACUACAUAGAUUUGCCUGUAUUGGCUAUUCAUGGAAGGCAGAAGCAAAAUAAGCGUACGACCACAUUCUUCCAGUUUUGCAAUGCAGAUAUGGGGAUAUUGUUGUGCACAGACGUGGCAGCCAGAGGGCUGGAUAUUCCUGAAGUUGACUGGAUUGUUCAGUAUGACCCUCCAGAUGACCCCAAGGAAUACAUUCAUCGUGUGGGAAGAACAGCCAGAGGCCUAAAUGGAAGGGGGCAUGCCUUGCUCAUUUUGCGCCCUGAAGAAUUAGGUUUCCUUCGUUACUUGAAACAGUCCAAGGUUCCAUUAAGUGAAUUUGAAUUUUCCUGGUCCAAAAUAUCUGAUAUUCAGUCUCAGCUUGAAAAAUUGAUUGAAAAGAACUACUUCCUUCAUAAGUCAGCCCAAGAAGCAUAUAAAUCAUACAUUCGGGCAUAUGAUUCCCAUUCUCUGAAACAGAUCUUUAAUGUUAAUAACUUAAAUUUGCCUCAGGUUGCUCUGUCAUUUGGUUUCAAGGUGCCUCCUUUUGUUGAUCUGAAUGUAAACAGCAAUGAAGGCAAGCUUAAAAAGAGAGGAGGUGGUGGUGGAUUCGGCUACCAGAAAGCCAAGAAAGUCGAGAAGUCCAAAAUCUUCAAACACAUCAGCAAGAAAUCUGACAGCAGACAGUUCUCUCACUGAAGAAAAUACACAAAAGCAAAAAGAAGAAUAUUUAAUCACUGAACAGAAGUAAAGACUGAAUAUUUUCGUAUAUAACCUUCCAGUGUUUUAUAUAUAUACUUUUAAAUUUUUUAUCAGAAGUGAAAUCUUCUACCCACUAUUUGUGACCAGCUUGUUUCAUAACAUGGUAUUUUCUCGUGUCAUUAAUCACAUCAGUUUUGUGUUUCAUUUAUUAAUACACUUUGUUAACCGUGCUUGGUCCGCCUGGAUUUGGGUUCUAGAUGUCUGAUUGUCUCAGCAUUUCUAAGAAAAGGUGGUAGAACGAUUAGCUUCUACUAUAAUAACGGCUAGGGGCAUCCAGGCAACCAGACUUGACCAACCAUGCCAGGAUUUAAAUCCUGAGGGAACCAGUACUAGAAUCAGAUACAAGGUCAGGGUAGCACCAUCUGCAAGGCUUAUUUGUGUAAGGAGAAGGCCUCCUUGGGUCCCUGUGCUAAGAGCACAGUGGCUGGUGGCAUGUGUGGAACUGUUUACUUGACAGGUGGGAUUAAGUGGCUUUAGCCAGGAAGGUUUGGCAGCAUGGGCAGGGAGCCAAGCAGAUCACUACAUGCCAAAGAAACCUUUGGAUCCUCUGGGCUGCAGACAGUGAUAAGUAAGUAAAGCUGAAUCCAGUACCCCCAAAAGGAUCUUACUUAUUCAACUAUAUGGAGCAGUUAAAUGAAUGCUCUAGAACCAGAAUACCUGGAUUCAAAUUCCAACUGUGCCUCCUAUUUUUCUGGGCCUGUUAAAUGAGUGAAAAACAAGGUAGGAAAACCUGUUUUAUAGGACUGCAUGAAUUGAAUGAGCUAAGUGCUUAGGACAGUGGCCAGCACAAAGUACCCUAUCCAUUAGCUGUGUUGAUUAACAUGCAUCCUGCAUGAAAAGUUUGCUGCCCCACAGUAUCAGAUUUGAGGACUCAUCAAAAAUGCUGAGCCAGCUUGGGCCUUUGGUAUACAGACUAAGGACUUCUGACAGUCUGGAUCCCCUGGAAUUGAAGAAGGUUCCCCGAUCCUGCAGCACCUUUCUAAGGCAACUGUCAAGUAGAUUAAUGCAGUUUCAGGGGUACUCUGAUUUGCACUGGGUGUUAGGUGGAGGGAUCAGCAGAGUGCACUUGGAUAACCCCAAGUCACCAUGGAUUAAACAGCUGUUAGAUGUUAGGAACUGUGCACAGGACACACAUGCUGUAGCCAAGUUCCUCUUAGGAGCCUGGUUACAGUCUAGAGGAGAUAGAAAGGUGUUGGGAAUGAUUGUAAAGUUUUUCAAGUCAUGAUGCAGAUAGAUAGAAAAAUAUACAAGCUGUUUCUAAGCCUGGAAAACCUCAUCCUUGAGUUCUGGUGCACUUCGGUGGAUGAAAAGGUGAUGGAACCUUCUCUGCCUAUAGAGGAUAGGCUUCUGUCCUGGUCAUUAAGUUCCCAAAUGCCAGUUGUGCUACAGACAAAACAUUUUUAAAGAUUUUCUUGCCCUAUGUCUAGGAGAUUCUGAUUUAGGUCUUUGGCAGGACAGAGGAAUAUGGAUGAUUCUCCCGCACAGCUAGAUUUGGGAAUAUCCAAACAAGAAUCAGUACAUGCAGAACCUCUUGCCAAACUGCAUAAGCUGUCAUCUUGCAAAGUGGAUAUACCUAACCUAGGAGAUAGGUUAGUAUGUUUAGUCAUCCACAAACUAGGGUGGCUCAGAGGGGACUUGGGCUUUCCAGAGGGAACAAUUGUUUAAAUGUCUUUUGUGUGAAAAAGCACAGUGUAGGAUGGCGUAACUACCUGGCCCUCAUGCUCCCCCAGCCAGCCAAGUCCCCAAGGUCCCCCAACAGUGCUCUAUUAAAUUGGAAUUCAGUUGAUUAAUUUCAUCCCAGGAGAUAAAACCGAUUUGUCUUAUCCCUGUAUCCGUGAAGAAAGCCAUUCUCUCCUCUAGGAUUCAUCUUCAUCGGUAAUGCAGGGGGAAUGGGAAAUUUAACUGGCUGACUACAGUUAGUGGGCACUCUGUUGUGAGGGCUACCCAGAGUCUAAUCCUGUGUUUGGAGACUGUCAUUUAAGUCCUGGCGAGUCACUGAGAUCACUUCUCAUCAGAAAAGUUGAAAAGCCCCCCCUACAGCCAGAGCAGGGCCGUGACCUGGGUUUCAUUGGCCAGAUGGACACUGAGUCAGGUAGGAGUAAGGGAGCAGAAGCAAGGGGUGGCUUCUUCAUCGAACUUCAGAGGCAGCUGCAGGAAGCAGAGGUGAUGGCAUCUGUGGCUUUGACAGCAGCACGGUGCUUAACGCGGAAUGGUGGCUGGGUGGUACUGCGUCUUACCCACCUACCCCUAAUUCUGCCUGGUUUCCCAACAGAGUUCUCUAGCCACCCACUGUGGCUUCACUUUCCAAGUGGCUCUUCGUUGCUCAUAACUAAGAACCUCUAACAUUCGUCGUCCUUAGACUGGGUUUCCUUCUGUUGGUGGGUGAAGUGUCUGAUGGCUUCCCACCAUUCAGGCUCUCCUUGCCCAGAGCCUUCAUGCUCUCCAAACACGGGAAAUGGUUGAUUGGGAGCAAGGUCGGGACUUGAAACCCGUAAGGCAAGGGUGUGUUGAAGGAAGAACGAGUGGCAGGCUCACCCCACCUCCAAGGACAAACCUUGGAGAAUCUGGCCUGGAUCCAGAGAGUUUGGAGGCAGGAGGAAAGUGGGCCUUCAGCAUUACUCAGCCUCCACAGGAAUAUCCGUGCAGGGAAAAGGCAAGGCUGACCAUCCUCCCAGUCAGGCAGAGCUAGGGUGAACCCUGGCCUCACCCUUUCUGUGCCUCAGUUUCCUCAUCUACAGAAAGGGAACAGGUGAUGGGAGCACAGGGUUAAAUCCCCUAGAGACAUUUAGCAUAGAAUUGAGGAGUUAGCUCUCAGAAAUGACAACUAUGGUACAGUUGCCAAGGAUGUCAGAAAAGCAAGACAAAAUGUUUUCUAGGACAUACUUGCUUUCUCAUAUCCUGUCCUCACCAUCAGAAUAUCAAAGUCUCUGAUGCCUUAGGCCAAAAUAAGUCUCUGGAGGAGUGUCACUGUUUCUGAUGCCCAAAUCUCCCAACAGAGGGCCUCCAGCCAGGGGUGAGGACCCUGUGAGGGGAGCUGUGCUCUGAAGGGGGCCCCUGGAGGGGUGGGACUGGAGGUGGAUUGAUCCUCAUUUUGGUGGCUAAGGAGGUCUGUAGGGGAUCCUUUUCCCAGCUGGAGAAAAAGGAACCCAGUAGGGCAAUAGCAGGGACAAGGCACUGCCAGGCCCCAUCAUCCUCGGAACAUGGGCUGAGGAAGACAGUAAUAAGUCUGACGCUGGAGAAGCCAAGCUCCCAGCGAAAUGCUUUCCAUACUUGAACUUGAAACCUUCCAGCAGUCCUGGAAAGGACAGGUAGUAUACCCCAACAUUACAAAGAGGAAAUGAAAGCUCAUUAGAUGGCCAAUAGCUGUUAAGUAAACAGCCUGGCCUGGAGACUAAUGCUGUACUGCUCAGCCCUAAAACAGGCUACAUUCCCAUUUGUGGAGCAGCUCCGAGGUGGCUUGAGGCAGGCUUUCCUCUUUUCCCCAAGAGGGAAUGCUUGAGUCCUCAGAUGCAGACGGGAGAGUCAAGCGAGCACCUAGGCACCUGAGCCCUAAUGCAGUGCUGGAGGUGCUGGGCAAGGGCACAGAGGCUGGCUUGCAGCCCUGACACACCAGUAGCUGUGGCUACCUGGCGGCUUUGAUUGAGGAAAAUAAAAAAAAAACUCCGUGUGAGCAGUGGCCUCAACUUUGUUCAGAUAACAGGUGUUUGAGCAUCUACUGAGUGCAGGAUGCUAGGGGUACAGGGGUGAUUCCAGUUCCAUUAUAGAAGCUUACUGUGAAAGGGAUAUGAGAUAAAUAUGGGGGAACUGUACUAAAAGGAGAAAAUAACCAUCUCCAAGGGCUAAAUGAUCAAGAACAGCUUUGGGAAGGUGAUGUCAGAGCUGAACCUCACAGGAACUGGAGCAAAGUGAGUGGAGGAAGAAAGGUGUUCAAACAAUGGGAGCAGCAUGAUCAAAGA